UUCUCUCCUUCCUUUUCACUCUCUGUACCCUAACUCAGCCGACAUACUUUAAAAAACCCGACGCGACGAAUAUUCGGUUCCUAACUGAUCCCUUAAGCUGCUCCAUACUCAAAACCUGUAAUCCUCUUUUACUAAUCAAGUUUACUGCUUUUCGAAGUUUCAAAAUGUCAACUGGCCCUGGGCUUGAGUCGCUUGUAGAUCAGACAAUCUCAGUUAUUACCAAUGAUGGACGCAACAUAGUGGGUGUUUUAAAAGGCUUUGACCAGGCCACAAAUAUCAUUCUCGAUGAAUCUCAUGAACGUGUGUACUCCACCAAGGAAGGUGUUCAGCAACUUGUGUUGGGUUUAUACAUAAUAAGAGGCGACAACAUAAGUGUCGUUGGUGAACUAGAUGAAGAGCUUGAUUCUGCUCUUGACUUGUCAAACCUGAGAGCACAUCCUCUGAAACCUGUUAUCCAUUGAUUGAACUGUGAAAGUUUUAGAGUUGCUAUGGACAGUAUGUUGGAUUAAAUACCUAAGGAAACAUAUCAAAGAACAGAAACAUAAUGAUGAGAAAUCAAAUGUGUAUUAAUUUUCGGAUGCAUUUUUAUGUAAUAUUUCCAUUCCUAUCGGUCAUGCUUUAUGUUUUGUAGCAGAUUAUUAUCGUUUU